AUAAGCGGCGGUGUAUUGGCAAAGCAGUGUGCUCUCGCGCUUUAGUCGUUGAGGAUCGCCUAGAGAUUGUCAACUACGGCAAUCAUUCGUACAAACGUCGCAUACCGAAAUUGCAAAAUUUCCGCAUCGAAAAGGCGAAUCAGUUGUGUGAUACACAGUAUAAAUACUAUUUUAUUGUUAGUGGCACAGGACUGGCGGCGCACAUUAGUUUAACAAGUUGAAAUGGUACUCAGGGACUUUCAGAUACUCUUUGACAAUCCGUGGAAUACGUUCUAUGGAGGCCAGACUGUGACUGGACGGGUUCUCGUAGUCAUUGACUCAACGAAGAAGAUUCGUGGUAUAAAUAUAAGGAUAAAAGGCGAAGCGAAUACUGCCUGGACAGAGAGUAAAUCUGAGCUGAACAAUGAUGGAAAGUACAACGACGAAAACCAAAUGGUUACCGGUCACGAGCAAUAUUUCAAUAUACAAUACUAUCUCCUUGGUGGAGCUUCAGGUGUCGAGAUUCAGCUACCUCCCGGCGAACACACUUAUCCCUUCAGCUGUGUCUUGCCGCCGAAUUUGCCGAGUAGUUUUGAAUCGGACCUAGGCCACGUCCGAUAUACUGUAAAGGCAACAUUGGAUCGACCAUGGAAGUUUGAUCAAGAAGUGAAAACAGCAUUUACGGUCAUAUCGCCGCUCGAUCUUAACCAGGAACGAGGAGCCGCGGAACCUGUCAAUGAGGAAUUAACGAAGACCUUUUGCUGCCUAUGCUGUGGGUCCGCACCUCUGAACGUAAAUGUGAUGCUACCAGUGCGAGGCUACGUCCCGGGCCAAGUUAUUCCGAUUAGGGUGAACGUUGAGAAUCUCAGUAAUGUAACAGUCGACACAGUCAAGUUCGUGCUGAGAAAAGUAGUAACUUUCACGGCAAGCUUACCGUCUCAUGCAACGAAGAAGGUCAAGAUCGUAGUUUCGGAAAUCGGAAAAGGACCCGUGGAAGCCGGUGCUACCGUACAUUGGGAGGAAAGGCUUACCGUUCCUCCACUUCCGCCUUCGAAUCUCGCGAAUUGCGGUAUCAUCAAACUUGAGUACUGCAUCAAAAUAGAGGCCUGCGUUUCGGGGUGGUAUCACCGUAAUCUGAAGAAAAAUAUCCCGGUAUACGUGGGUACGGUCCCUCUCACGAGUUACCAACCUCCGAUUGCUCUACCACCUGGUACCGGCCUCAAACCUGAUGACUAUCCAACCAAACUGGCAGAUCCAACAUACGGCGGUUAUCCGAGCGGCUAUCCAGCCUUUAAUCCAUCUGCUACCGCACCAGCAGCAACUGCACCUGGUUUCGUCGCGCCAGAUCAAUCUGGAAACAUGAUGCCAGUAGCACCACCGCCGUUGCCACCAGCGAUGGACAUGUACCCCAAUCUUCCCCCACCAUCAUACGCAGAAUCGCGUUACGGAGCACGUAGUAUACGUGAGCGUGGUGAGUCAGAACAUGUACUCGGAGCAAGAAAUCAAUUUGCGCCAAGGUAUCCCGUCUACAACUUUGCACAAGAAUAGAAAACUCAAUGUAUUCGAAACUGAGCGUGCUGUGAAAGUGAAUCUCUACAUAAUAUUCCAAAGCUAGACAUUUGUUCAAUUUCACUGACAAGUUUUACGCAUUAAUAAAUGUUGCGUGAUCCAGACAAAUCGAGUAAUAAUAUUUAAAGUGAACAAUUGAGGAAUUAACAUAAGGACACUAUUUUUUAACAUUGUUGUAAAUGCUUCUGUACUAACAUCAAUUAUUAAGUUUUUACAUGUUUUGAUGCAGCUAUAUAGAUAUAAAAUAGAUCAUUCGCUAAAAAAGACUGUGUUAAUCAAUUGCUUAUAUUUUGAAAACGUUACAACGGUCACCAUUAUUAAGGUGGCGAUAAUAUUGCUCAAAUGUAAAUCCCUGAUUUUUCCUGUCUAAAAAUUCAGAAUUCCCUAUAAUGUUGGGCAGCUUUUAUGACCAAAAGUUCCAGAAAUUAUGCACCUUCAAUAUAUAAAUUUAGAUCCAAAAACCCAUAGUUUUACCUCGUUUCACACAUAUAAUUACAAAUUGAACAAUGCCAUUUCCGGAAGUUAGCUUACCUGACUUUACGAAACAUAGCUGAGUUUUCAACACAAUUUAUAAAAAAAUGCGUUUUUUUUCUGCAGGCCAUCAUAAUUGACAUUUAGAUAAAAUAUUUAAAAUAAUACUUUUAUAGACAAAAUUCCCUGAUUAUUCCCGAUUUUCUUGGUGUUUCGCCACCCUGAUUAUGUAAACAUAGUUCAAAUGUCUAAACGUAUUAAUCAAAUUUUGAAUCGUGGGUAGAUUCAAACUUAAAGUGAGGACAGCACCAACAAGGUUGAAUGAAAUGAAGACCAUUAAAAAUAGUCAAAAAAAUCCCCUGACUUUUCCUGGACCAAAUUAUUAGUUUUCCCCGACUAAAAUCCAAACUUAUAAUGGCGAUUCCAGUAUCUAAUAAAUAGAGCUCUAUAUCAAUUCGUAUUUAAAAAUACGUUUCUGAUCUAUUUAACGAUGAUGCUAACCAAGCACAUGGAGACAAAUAUUCUAAAUAUUUUGCUUUUUCAAGAGGGAAGCUUUCUUCUCUCUCCAUACCUCCACAAAAUCCGCUGAAUUUUCUCUGAUUUCCCAGUUUUGGCUGACUAAGUCAUCAUAAAUUAUUCAAUAUAGACACAUUUCUAUUUUUGAUGCCUCAAUUUUGCCAACUUCAAAUACUGACGGAUUCCCAAUUCUCAAGCUAUUCGUACUAAAUACAGUAAUUUUUUUACAACUUUUUUAUUUUCAACAACGAUGAUUAAAUUCAUAGUGUAUAAAAGGAAAGAAUUCUGAUUAAUUAUAUAUAGUAUUCUAUAACAUGUGACAUUUUAAAUUGCGAAUAACAAAAUGAAUCUAGGAGUUCCAGUUGGUAGACUGAAUUAUUAAAGAAUGCAGCAAGUCUGGUAAUUCAUAUUAAGUUUCUCACUGUUGAAUUUGCAGCCCUACUGAUAUCAAUAAAACUUGUGAUUCAUGAUUCAAA